AUGGACGAGGCCAGCGAAGAGGCUGCCAGUGGCGGGGAAGAAGGCGGCGGCUGCCGCCCUUUCCCGCGCCCGCUGAACGGAGCAACGGCCGGGCUAAGAGGCAACCUGCACGGAGGCGGCAACACCAGCAUCAGCGAAAAGGGCUUUCCGCCGGCACCACCGGCAGCCAUCGCCACCGAUGCCCAUGCUGCUGGGGGUCAUCAAGGCAGCAACGGUGCAACAGCAGCAAUGCCCAAGCCUCCCUGUAAGGGUCAGCGAGGUAUGCCUCUCAUGCAGUGGGUGUGGCCGGCCAACAGCGGUCUGGCGAGGGUGGGAUCGGAGUGGUUUCGAGGGACAGGAUUGGGCGCGGACGGCGGCGAGAUAAGGGAUGGAAAGGAGCAGCAGCAGGAGCAGCAGCAGCAGCAGCAGCAGCAGGAGAAUCGCGUGAGACUACAGGGAAGGACCCAGAAAUCGUCCGUGGUUGUGGGGACGGUGUGCCAACCGGUGAGGCCGACAAGGCUGGAUCUGACGGCCAGUCAAGGUGAGGCUGGCUUGGGUUGA